AUGUCAACUGCGUACUCAAGACCAUAUAGACACGUCGGUGUUCUGCUCCCAGUGCAGCGCCACAGUGACGCUCCGGGCCUCAUAGAGAAGGAAUGGCCGCGCAUUAACAGCGACAACCACAUCGCCAGCAAAGGAUUCGUUCUGAUCGACCCGAUCAAGAACAGGAACGACCAUCUUGUCAUACAGUCAGUCCAGACCGGCGAGUUCUUCGUCAACACGCUCCUGCUAGCAGGCGACGGAAGCCUUAUUCAGGACGGCAUGCUCGACGAUAACCCCCCAGAUGAGGACGAGUAUAUCCCUCCAGUCGGCUCUCCCAGAUACGUUUUUAGAUAUCACGAGCCAAGGCAGCUUCGAGUAUCAACAUGGCAAGAGACUCUGCCGAGUACCCUUUUCCCGAACGAGCCUAUCUUGGGCGUGCUGCCACGGGACGCACUGUUUUUCAAUCAGCUACGGUUCUGGCAGAAGCUUUUGCCCGAUAAUCCUAAGCACAGACCUUUGUAUUCGCUCUAUUUUGAACACUGCAAUGGAGGUAGUCUGCAACAAUUCGCAACGACAUAUCAUGAUAGAAAUGAGGCUGUUCCAGAACAUCUCAUAUGGCUCGUGGCAGAGCAACUUUGCCUCGCGAUGGCCUGGUUGAAAUUCGGGGAGAGACCCGACGUCCCUGGACACCAAGCACCCGCCAACUGGACAAGCAUACAUCACCUGGAACUGUUUCCACGUAAUGUCUUCAUCCAUUACCAACCCCGUAGACCCGGCCGCAUCCGGGCCGCAGGGAUAGAAGCCAAUGCCUUCCCCCAAAUUGUCCUAGGCGAUUUCAGCAGUGCGUUGCUUGACGGAGACGAUAUACGCCACCUUCAUCCCUGGUAUACGGACCCAAACGAAGACGACCGCGGACCCAAUAUGGACGUGAAGCCGCCGCCCCGGUGGAUGGACACCUACGGCUUUGGUUUCGUCCUGCGGUAUCUAUGCCAGGCGCAUCUCUCGCACAAGGACUGGAUGGCGCGUGGGGCAAACACCACUAGGAUGGCCAACGUCAAUGCGUUGGAUGGCUCGGCUCCAGACUUCUCGGACGAGUUGAUUAAUUUUCUGGUGAAUUUUGAAUACAACGGGAUGGAGGGGGGGACUAAUAUCCGCAACUUGGCGGACCCCUUGAACGAGCUCGCGGCCAAUCCGCGGUGGAUAGUCGAUACCAUAUACCCCGUUGCACGCGCUCGAGUAGCGGCAUACCGCAACCCACCAGAGGGUCGACCGGCUGGCUACUUUGACGGGUUGGAUAUCUCGUGGACGAGGCCAAGGCCCCUGAUGCCUUUUGUAUAUAACACUGACUACGCGGCUGCUGCUGAGGAUGUCGACGGCGGCGAGGGGGAUGAUCACCAAGGCAACAACGAUAGAAGUGAGCGGUUGAGGAUGUCGAAGCUCUCGUACCUUCACCUGUGGAACGACUUCAAGCCACGUUACGAGCUGCACACUCUUGAACACAAUUGCCCGAACCUUAAGCCUUUGAGCAACCGGCCCCCGGAUGCUGAUGCUGACGGUCAUGGACACGGUUAG